UGUCGAACGGUUGCCAUAAGCAACCGACGGCAAUUUUCACAAGGGAGGAUUAUCCCUAAUUACAGAAUUAGUUGAAAUCCUAAAAAACAACCUUUGUCUUCCUAUAUGCCCCAUAGAUUACGUGUGCCCUACUCUUACUGUAUACUGUACAUAAUCUCGAUCCUUCCUUCCACUCGGAUCUAAGUAGUACUCCUACCACACAAGAAUACUUCGUCCAAGAGAAAAACGAACUUGGCUGCCAAGAUACCUGCAACUAAAACGCGUAGGAUUUCCUAUCCGACUCGGUUCCUGCCUUCCUGGCCUCGCCUUACAUAUACGCUACCAUAAUGCACGAAUCGGGAGCCGAGCAAUCGAUCGAGCACUGACGAACCCGGCCGAUCGACUCCCCAACCAGCGGCGCUCCCGACGCGCGCGCCUCCGUGCGGACCAGAGAUGACGAUGUCCGGGCGAUACAUGGCGUGCGGCCACUGCGGCGGCCUCCGCCGCGUCAGGGUGGAGGGCGAGUUCGUCUCGUGCGACUCGUGCGGCAAGGUCCUGCAGCAGCGGGGCCGGAAACAGCGUGCCGUGGACGCGGAGGCUCGGCGGCGGCGGCGGCGGCGCUGGCUGGGGGCCAGGAAGAGACGGGACGACCGCGCGGUGGCCGGUGGCGGAGGCAUGGUCGUCGGACGGGAAGCAUCUGACGCCGAGUCCGACACCGGUUGCGUUUCUUCCGUGGAAUCGUCGUCGUAGUGAUCGCGUCAUCCUCGGCCGAUGUUUUAGAGCAGCGUGGACUCUGGCGCUAGACAACGUCACCGAACAAAAAUAUCAACGAUAUGUUUGGGAAGGUUGCAAUCAAGCCUGUUUGUAAGCACUGUGUGUUGUCAAAUAUCCUGGCUGAGUUGGUCUUUGGAGGUCAGACAGACAGGUGGGAGUAGAUCAGUUAGAGAGUAGUUAGCGUGUGAGUUUUGAUGGGUGCACUGCUGACCGUACGUUUCACUUGUUUUUUUUUUAAAGAUCCAGCGAUCGCUGGCUUGUAUUAUGUAUUAGAAAGCAAGAUAGCACACUUGGUGGGUGCACUGCUGACCCAACGUUUCAUUUGUGAAUUGCGAUUCUCUCCAAAAGAAACAUUUCACCUA